AUGGAGCUGCAGUCAUCGUUGGAUAGCCUCACAAUGAAGAUUUUGAAGCCGAUUCUGGAACAUAACAAUCUUCAUGUUUGGGAUAAAAUGAAAGCGCCCGAAGCAGCUCAUGUUAUUGCAGAUGGUAUAGAUGCAUGGUGGGCAUCAACGUCUUCAGAUGUGAAACAAGAGGUACCGUCGAAAGGGAGGAAGAAAGCCGUCGUUUCAGAAGAUGAAACGGAGGAGACUGUCCCAAAAGGUUGGGAAUUGAUCGGAAUGUCAUUUGCAUCCGUCGGAAACACGAACCCUUCAAGACAAGAUCUUAUAAAACUUAUCACUAAACAUAAUGGGACAUUCACAGAAGAUGUAACUCCAUCAACAAGUUAUCUUUUAAUUGGUGAUGAUCCUAAAGCAAAAACAACGAAGAGAUUCGCAGAUGCCAAAUCUUUCGGUGUUCCUGUUCUUCAUUGUGAUUUCAUUCCAGCUCUUAUUUCACGAAAGCCAGUUUUACCAGCAGUAGGAAAGAAGAAGCGUCCUGCACCCAAAGCGAAACCAACAACGCGGAAGAGAAGACGGGGGGGAGACACUUCACCGCGAGAAGAACAAGAAGUUGCAGAUGUUGAAAUGGCGGAACCUGAAGAAGAUCCUCGGCCCAAGGGAGUGAUUUUGCGGGGGCGGAAAUACGCGAAGGUUUAUUUGUUAAAUGGAAAAAUGCACGCAACCCCAUUCCCCUCAGCAAAGCUUUUGAAGGAAAAGAGGGAAGCAGAGGAAGCUGUGAAAUCCGAAUCGAGCCCUACUAAGAGCGAACGUCGACCCGCAAUUCAACCAGGAUCUGCUUUACUGCAAAUCGACAGUUUAUUUCCCAAAUCUGCACGCCAUCGCAUUUACGUUGAUCAACUCAACAAUGCAUAUAAUUGCACGACAUCCUUGUCGGAUAUUUCGACUGAUUCUUUUGAGGCGCGUGUUUUCGAUUUGACGGGAGUCGAUUGGAACGCCCGCUUCGAUAAAAAGAACAUCGGGGGAAGAUAUCGUUACGUUUUGUUGCAUGGCCAUAAAGAAGACAGCGAAGAUGAGGAUAAUAAAGUUGCAAUAAAAACAGAAGAGACUCAAAUCAGCGGAUCACAAGAAAAGCUUGAAAGCAAAUUGGAGAAAUCAGUUCAAGAAUUAAUUGAAUUGAUAUUUAAUAGAGAGAUGAUGGAGCACGCGCUUGAAGACCAAGAUAUUGAUUUGCAAAAAAUGCCUUUGGGUAAGUAA